GGGGCGGCGGGGCUGCCGGCUGCGGCGGCGGCGGCUGAAGGGCAACAGCGGCGAUGGGCGCUGUGGGCUGAUCGGUAAAGAUGGAAAGAGGGAGAGGAGGAGGAGGAGGAAGGAACCUGGGAGGCUCAGGCCUGCACAGGAGCAUUUACUCCCAGUCUCAGCAGCAGUACCACUACCCGGCCUCCUCCCCGGGGGGCUGCAUGGAGAUCCAGGAGCUGGCCUCCAAGAGGGUGGACAUCCAGAAAAAGCGAUUUUACCUGGACGUGAAACAGAGCUCCCGAGGCCGCUUCCUGAAGAUAGCGGAGGUCUGGAUCGGAAGAGGCCGGCAAGACAACAUCAGGAAAAGCAAGCUGACGCUCUCCUUGUCCGUGGCUGCUGAGCUGAAGGACUGUCUGGGGGACUUCAUCGAGCACUACGCCCACCUGGGCCUGAAGGGCGGCCACGGCCACCGGCAGGAGCACAGCAAUGGCAAAGAGCAGCACCUGCGACGGAGGCAGCAGCACGCUCCGCCUUCACCUCCGGUGUCCGUGGGCUCUGAGGAGCACCCGCAUAGCGUUCUCAAGACGGAGUACAUCGAGCGGGACAACAGGAAGUACUACCUGGAUCUGAAGGAGAAUCAGCGGGGGCGCUUCUUACGCAUUAGGCAAACCAUGAGUCGAGGACCCGGCAUGAUCGGCUACUUUGGCCACAGUUUGGGGCAGGAACAGACGAUCGUCCUCCCGGCACAAGGGAUGAUCGAGUUCAGGGAUGCUUUGGUCCAGCUGAUCGAAGAGUACGGCGAGGGGGACAUCGAGGACCGCCGAGGUGGAGGCGAUGAGCCCCCAGAGCUCCCCGAGGGCACCUCCUUCCGAGUGGACAACAAGCGGUUCUACUUUGAUGUGGGAUCCAACAGGUAUGGCAUUUUUCUGAAGGUAAGUGAGGUGAGGCCGCCAUACCGUAACACCAUCACUGUUCCGUACAAAGCGUGGACAAGGUUUGGGGAGAAUUUUAUCAAGUAUGAAGAAGAGAUGAGGAGGAUUUACAACAGCCAUAAAGAAAAAAGAAUGGAUGUCAGAGGGGACAGUGGUGAAGAGCAAGAGGGUCUUGAAUAGAGUGCAUUGAACUGGCCAUCUGGCAAAAUUGAAAAAAAAAAAUAAAAGGCAGAAAUUCGUGAGAGGGACUGACUGAUCUAAAGUAAUUUGAAGUUGCCCCCCCUUUUUUUUGUAAAAAUCCUUUUUGGGUAUUUAGUAAUAACUCCAAUACAUAAUGUUGCAGGAGUCUGGUUAUUAUGUUAAAUCACACUCAAAACAUCUCUGUAUUUCUUAUGAAAUACCAACCUCCCAAGUCUGUAUGAGUCAGCUGCUUCGAGCGUGGAAGACUAUGGAAGUAUGCAUAUCAGCACAAAAAAAGAAUCGACAUUCUGACCUUUAAAUAGUCUAGAUAAGGCUUGCGUUGCACUUCAACGCGAUACAGAAAACCUCAUGCUGAAAUGUAUUAGUUUCUGCUUAAGACAGAUUUUCUGGAAAUGAAUUCUGUCUGUGCUCAGUCGAAAGGCUGGGAAGCUUAGCCAUAGGGUAUUUACUAAAACUGCCAACUUCAUAUUAACUGCUCAUACACGUAUGAGGAGAGGUGGACGUUUUGAAAUUGGUAUCUGCUGGUUACUGAGUUUGAAACCAUAUUCUGUAUGGGUAAAAUCUUGAUGACCGGUCAGACCUUUAUAAUGCGGUGGUAAAGGAUGGGAGACCUGUUAUUUAAUUUUGCGGUUUUAUGCUGACCAAAAUAACCUGAGUAUCGAGGAAUGCUAAGCUGUGCUUGAGUUCUAAACCUUCUGAAUUAAUGGCAAUGAAUAAUAAUCCAUUCUUCAUCUCUGUGUUCUGCCCUUGCGAGGAUGAUGGGUUUUUUUUAAUGCAUUUCUCAAAAUUUCAAAAGAUAUUUUUAUAGUAGGGGUGUUAUGGGUUCCAGCAAGCGGCUGUGAAGCAGGUGUGGAAUGAUUGCUGUUACUGAAAUUCUAGGGUUCUCUCCCAAAUGGGAGAUCAAUGCAGUUAUGAUGUUAAAAGUGUGAGGAAAGCAUCUGGGCAUUUUUCUGCUCCUUCUGUGAGAAAGACCUUUGGGGGGUUUGGUGCACCGUUUGAUUCGCAUAAAAAUGCAUCUUGAUCAUAUUUAUCUGGAGUACGUUUUCAAUGCCGUGGUUAAAGCUGCGUCAGGUUUUCUAUCGUGUUGAUUUUACAGAUGUUGUUAUUACAAGGUAAUAUCCGUGUCCUAUCAUCACCUCCUUCCCACCUUGUCAAAGCUGAGGUUACGAUCAAGCGAGCUGAUACCUAAUUGCCUACUGGUAGGUCUGCAAAGUCCCACAGAGAACUAUCAG